UUUCAUAUCCUUGAAACAGACAAGUUCUCAGUAGCCGCUGUAGUGGACUGUACAAGCCUGGUGAAAUCAUUUCCGGUCAAUUUAUACUACACGCUCAACACACAAGCCACCCUCAAUCAGUUGUGCCGAGUCCUGGCUGAUCCUUCUGAAGAAUCGCAGACGUAUACCGUGUCAGCGGAGCUCUUUAACAAGGCUGGAUGGAAAGGAAUACACAGUGGACAUCUGGGAUUGCUGUUCAAUGUUGUAGAUGAAUACAACUUUGAUUUCGUUUACCUUAGGUAAAUCUUUUGCUCACAGACUUCCCAAAAUUCACACAAUGAGUUUGUUGGGGUUGCGGAAACCAUUGUUGGUUCGCUUUGCGUUUUUCCAUUCUUUUGUUUUACGUCAUUAGGUGAUUGCACCCGUCCACAACACCAAGAAACUACUGGAACGUUGUUGUCCUUGCUUUUCAUGAUUUAAACAGGAUAACUCUAUGAAAAGGAAGUGGUUUCAUCCAUGGUGUUGAAAAAGAGCGUUUUCACAUAACGUCACGGCGGCCAUAUUGGUGUUCCAUAACAAUAAAACGGCGGCCAUGUUGGUGUACCAAGAAAAUCCUCAUGGAGUUGAACUCUUUUCUCAUGUAAAUGCUUUAAUCUUUUGUUCCAGUAAAUUAGCAUAGCUGCUGGACACGUGAGUGAAAACGCUCUAUUAUGAGUCACCUUCGUCCCCAGGGUUUUUUUCAUGGUCCCGGGGGACGAGGUUGAAUAUGAGUCACCAGCAUUAUCGAGCAUUAUCAUGUCAAGAUAAAGUGUACAAUUCAUUGCCGGACCAGACCUUGAGAUAAGGGGGGACCGGUCAUCGAGACUGUUAGAUAAGGGGGUUGGGAGGAAAAAUUUUUCGGCCCUUCGGGCCUCAUUUUGGUCCAAAAAUAAGGGGCCCCUCCCCUGGACCGCCACUGCAGUUAUUUGACUUUUUUUGCAAAGUGUAACACGUAACCUUGCCUGUUGCAUAAUGAACAGAGAAAAAAAAAUCUAAAUUUCAGUAUGUGCUCACUUUCGUUUUCCUCCUUCCCAUCAACCCAAAUAAAGACGACUAAGGACGAGUCAGGGCCUGCAAGUCAACUAAUCAAAAGCUAUUGUAAUGUAUAAUUUCGAUUUUGUGAAAAAAACUAGCGAAGCGUCUGUAAAGUAUAUUACUCAGUUUUUCGCAAUAGGACGGCAGGAAGAAGGGAAUGGCAAACGUUUGUGUUUGACAAACCUAACAAGGCUAUUACCUGCGUGUUUUGUCCUGACCUUCACUUAACAUUAAUGUUUUCUGGUCUUUUACAAAAAGAUCUGUUUGAAUGAAGGUGAAGUUUGGCGGAAGGUUUUUUUCGAACAAAAUUACUGUUACGUUUCUCACACAAGGAUUGCCGUCUUCUUUCCUUUCCCGUCCUAUUGCAAAAGUUUAGUAUUGGCCCAGAAAGGGACGUUUUUCUGUACGUAUGCAUCAGUUAUCGAAUUGAUUUACUAAUUGCAAAAUAUCCUACAACUUACUAUUCAGACCUCACUCUUCCAGUGGAUGUUAUCAGACUGGAUACAUGGCCAGUGGCAAGCUGACGUUUGUGAAGAGUGCUGCGUGUUCUAAUGGACCUCCAAAAGGUGGAGUCUGGUUCCCAGUCUCAGUCACGGUGAACGGCCAAGAUGCACAAGUAUACCACAGUGGGGUCCUGGUGGCGACCACCAAGCCUCAUUUCCCUCCUAAGGCCUGGGGAGGAGUGUUCGCUUAUAACGGUUACAAAAAUGUGAUCCUCUUCAGAAAUUUCACAACUGGUCCUAUCGUUCACGUCAGCAAGAGAUGCAAACGCGUGGUUGACUUGCCAGGAUACACUGAAGUGGAUGCUGCCCACGGAAUUUGGCCGAAAGAUGGCUUCUGUCAAGUAGCUUACCUUAGAGACAGCAGUACAUCAAGUUAUCAGCUCUCAGUCGAUAUGUACAACUUCAUGGGAUGGCGAGGAGCCAACUCUGGUCACCUAGGAGUGUUUUUAAACGCCGAAGAUCAAGACAACUAUGACUUCGUCUAUUUUAGGUUUGUUGCAAUUUAUAGACGCAUAAGAGGGAAAUUGUCGGUAUGUUGAUUUCAAACCAGAGCCAGAGCGGCAAUCUCAAUUUUUCAAAACCAUCUUACGACCAGUUCUGUUUACGGAAAUGAUUUCAGGGUAUUAGAAAUUCUAUAAAAAAGAUGGGGAGUGCUGUAUUAGCUGACAUGCUCGUGACUCGGUUAUGCAAUAAGCCUUUUAGGUUUAGUCGCAUUUCCUUAAUUUUACUUAUUGUUUCUUUUUAUUUCCCAGGCCUCAUUCAUCCAGCUUAUGUUUUCAGACGGGUUACGUUUACAAAGGUCAGCCAAAAUUUGACGGAGCAAAGUCCGCCUCUUGCCCCAACGGUCCCCCCAAGGGAGCAGAAUGGUUCAACAUCAGGGUGGUAGUGUCAAAGAACUCCAAUCCUGCCGGGGAAGGGAAGGUCUACCUGAAAGGAACAUUGGUGACAUCAUUCAACCUUCGCUAUCCAAUCAGAAAACGUGGUGGUGUCUUGGUUGCCAAUGGUUACAAUAAUGUGGUGUAUUACAAGAACUUCAAGUUGUUGUAAGGAAGUUUGUUGUGUCAACAUAAAGAACGGCUUCUUCAAACAAAGGCUUAAUAACAGUUAGAUUUAACAGGGCUAAAACCAUAUACAACUGUAGUGUCGAUCACUUGUGGUUAGGCAUCGAGGAUAACAAGUUGCAGCUUACUUUCAAAUGUUGUUGAAAGGAUUAAAAAGAAAAUAUAAAGCCUUUGUGUAAAGCUCUGUGGAAUCAUUUGUCUUUUAGUGCAACUACAGAUCACUAUACUAUAUAGAGGAGAAGUGAUGACCUCAAAAAAACAAAUUUUGUGAAAAUAUGGGACUGGUUAGCAUAUACAGGAAAAACAAGAUGAAAAAUACCCAGCUGCUGAAAAUCAGCCCGUUAGUGCAAAUUGGUGGUGAGAUAUAAGUACUGUAAUACUCUGAUGACUUUCCACUGAAUACUGCUAAGAUUGACUUGGAUCGUAAGCGUCCAGGCCUAUUUUAGAAGGAUUUAUAAUAAUUGAACUAAUCGGAGCAUAACGGUGUGAAAAAAGAAAAAUGUGCUUAUUACCACUUUAUGCAAGAAUCUGUUAAAACUAACUUACGAAAAUGAUGGUUGUUACUUGCGGCUUUUUACUGUAUCGCAGAAACCGCGAGUUACAUGCACUUUCCAUAAUCGGUUUAAAUUAUCAAGAUAAAAAAAAAAGAUUUACAAGAUUUCAUCUUUACGGCAAGCUGCAAGCUGACAAAAAAAGUUUCAACUCUCGACACGAUGUGAUUAAACAAUAAUUCAAAAGAUUUUGACUAUGAGCGGAAAACAAUCAAUCGUCAAGCCAGCACGAACGUUUAAUUUAAUUAACACGAUGGUCAGAAAUAGGUGUUUUUCCUCCCACAUAGGUCACAGAGACGUGAAGAAUUUUCCAAAUGGCAUAAAACUUGGCAGGAUUGUUGCUUGAGAGAUUCUACAUCUUUUGGUGGCAGUUUGACAGUCUUGAUGGACAUUGUGACGUCACAAAUAGUUUCCAAAUUUGGUGCCAAAAUUUAUAAUUAAGAAAAUCGUCAGAAAAACCACAUAGAGGUGUUCUGUGAUCAGAGUAAAGCUUUCCAGUGAAAACGCCGUUAAAAUCCAUUAAAACGGGACAAAGUUACAAGCUAUUUGGUGACUGACAUUAAAAGAAGGAAUUUAAAGAAUUUAAUUGUUUUGUUACCUUAUAUGGUAAAACUUUAGGGAGGUUUCUAGUUCAAGACAAUAAAUGGAAGUUAAAAGAAAAAUAGCGGAUAACACAGUGGAGAAAAUUUGUAGUUUUUUUGAAUUUGGGACUCUAUAGGUAUUUUCACUUGUGACGUCAUCAACACGUAAAUAUGACGUCAACAUGGUAUGAAAUGACAUAACAUGGAACCUGACACCCCAUCUCCCAAAUUUAAAAAACUACAAAUUUGCUUUUAUGCAUGGUUCGCUUAGUCUCCUUACUGUUCCGUUUAAUAAGCUGGAGUUUAAAUACCCCUAAAGUUUGACCAUAUAUGGUUAAUUCCAUACAUUUGGCGGGAAAUUUAAAAAUCUUUAGUUAGCUCUAACUUUGCAACAAUUUAACGGAUUUAAGUGGGUUUUCACCAGGAAGCUCCGUUUUUUUAUAGACUUUAUUUAUAAAGUUAUUUAAGUCAAAUAAUUAAUUCCAAAUUUUAGCGCCAUGUUUCAACGUCACUUCUGACGUCAUGCUGUCAAUCAAAAAUAUAAAACUACCAUCAAUACAUGUGGACUUUCUUUUACUAUGUUCCUGCCAAGUUUCAUCUCAUUCGGAAUAUUUCGUAAUCAUCUAUGUGUCUCUAAUGAGCCAUGUGGGACGAAAAACACCCAUUUCUGACCAUCGUCUUUAGCGGGAACUUCGCCUUCAUUUCUUCCAAACUCUUAUAUUUGUUCACCAUGUCGGUGAAGCUGGAUUCGUCUUUUUCUCUUGCUCUUUCCGCCUAGUUCCUUGCUUUUUUCUAUUCGUCANACAAUAAAUGGAAGUUAAAAGAAAAAUAGCGGAUAACACAGUGGAGAAAAUUUGUAGUUUUUUUGAAUUUGGGACUCUAUAGGUAUUUUCACUUGUGACGUCAUCAACACGUAAAUAUGACGUCAACAUGGUAUGAAAUGACAUAACAUGGAACCUGACACCCCAUCUCCCAAAUUUAAAAAACUACAAAUUUGCUUUUAUGCAUGGUUCGCUUAGUCUCCUUACUGUUCCGUUUAAUAAGCUGGAGUUUAAAUACCCCUAAAGUUUGACCAUAUAUGGUUAAUUCCAUACAUUUGGCGGGAAAUUUAAAAAUCUUUAGUUAGCUCUAACUUUGCAACAAUUUAACGGAUUUAAGUGGGUUUUCACCAGGAAGCUCCGUUUUUUUAUAGACUUUAUUUAUAAAGUUAUUUAAGUCAAAUAAUUAAUUCCAAAUUUUAGCGCCAUGUUUCAACGUCACUUCUGACGUCAUGCUGUCAAUCAAAAAUAUAAAACUACCAUCAAUACAUGUGGACUUUCUUUUACUAUGUUCCUGCCAAGUUUCAUCUCAUUCGGAAUAUUUCGUAAUCAUCUAUGUGUCUCUAAUGAGCCAUGUGGGACGAAAAACACCCAUUUCUGACCAUCGUCUUUAGCGGGAACUUCGCCUUCAUUUCUUCCAAACUCUUAUAUUUGUUCACCAUGUCGGUGAAGCUGGAUUCGUCUUUUUCUCUUGCUCUUUCCGCCUAGUUCCUUGCUUUUUUCUAUUCGUCACUUCGUUCUUUGCGUUGGUGUGAGUAAAUGAAUCAGCUCUUUCCUGAAAAGCUUUACCAAUAUUCCCCCGUCCUUUCAGAGGUUUCUUCUUUUUGUUAUCCUAAAUAGCCGCUGGUAAAUUGGCUUUCGCUACCGCAGGCUCAUUAUAGUAUUUAUUCACGUUUGAAGAAAUGGGUGGAAACUUUCUUUGUUUUUGACGAUCAGUUUUACCAAGAUUUCGCUGAGCUGGUAGCUCCGCUGAAAAUGUCCUCUUUUCGUCCGCGGCCCGAACUGUCCACGCGAUCUUUGCUCGGUACCCUCUUCACAAAUGUAUUUCGUCCUGCCACGGUGAUGCAGAUUUCUUUAAGCCGUUUAUCGUGAACAUUGAGGGGAAGGUUCCGCACGCAAAGUUUAAAGCCAAAAUGUAGAAACAUUUCGUUCUUACUUAGAAGCAAACAAACGCGAUGAGUGGUUUGUUAUUAGUUACACAAACACGCGCGAAUUUACGAAAAAAAUUCCCCGUUAUUAUAUGACGCGUAAUGACUUGUACGGCCCCACGCGUUAUUUCGUUGGAAAACCAUACGGAAAAAAAUCCUCUAUGAGAACCGCAAGUGUCAAGUGAUGGGGCCGGGGAAACGCUUACGGCUCUGCUAGAAAAGCGUAUUGAUCGACAGAAAAACUUAAAAACACAACGGUCAUAUGAUAAAAUGCUUAUUGCUUAUAUCUGGCUCUCGGUCAGGACGACGGACCUCGAGUCAAAUAUUUUCCCGUUCGGCCCUCCCACUCAGUCAAUAAGUACAUAUUAUUUACGCGUGUUCGUACUGGUGGAAUAGACCGCAUGUAAUAAAGCAUGAGGGAUGCGUGCUUUCAUUAAAUAUGGAAUUGUAAUGAACUCAAUUCGGCCAAUAACAGCGCGAGCAUUUUUCUCAAAAUUUUACUCGCGGCUUUUUUGGGCUGAUUUUGCUAUCUAUCAACCUCAAAACUGUACCAACACCAGAAAAAAAUGAAAUGAAAACUGAGGACUUAAAUCAGACAAAAAAAAACUAGUUUAAAACUCCGUAGCCGAAAUACCUGUAACUGAGGCAAAAAUCACGAACAUUAAACCCACCGAAAUCAAAACCAUGAGAGAUCAAUCCAAUCACUGUUUCUCAAAUAUAACGAUACAAAUAUUUUUUCAAAUCGGCACUCUAAAUCCCAUGAAACUAAAGAACGCUUCUGACUCUAAUAAUUUCAUGUUACCUUUUUUCGAGCAUUGCAAGCUUUACCAAUCUAUUGGAUAUCUAAUCACGCACAACCAACAAUUGCAUGAUUCAUUACCUCUAACAGAAGAGACCUUUAGAUUCUAGGACGAGAACGACUACGAGUACGAGAUUUGACUUAACGUUUUUUCGCAUAUUCUCAAAUUAUAGACAAGGAAAGCUUCAUUGCACUUCUUUUUCACCCAAAAAAUUAGCACUGUUAUCUUUGCUGAAGGAGCUUGUGACAUCUCCCGGCCACAAAAAAUGAUAAAAACUCUAAAUUGUUUCCAUUACCACGACAAAACUCGUAGUAGAAUGACUACUGCAAUCAUGAUUUUACCGCCAAAAUGACGCUGGUUCAUGCGUGAGCAGUAUUUAGUAUUGAGAAAAUCUCGUACUCGUAGUCCUACUCGUCUCAGAAUCUAAAGGUCUCUAAAAACUAGCAUUCGAAACGGUGGCUGUUCAAUCUUUUUCACGACAGUAAACGGAUUUCAUCAUAGCAGGCACCCGCGAUGACACGCAAGGCGUGGCUAUCUUGCGAGAUUUCCCGAAAAUUGUGUACCGUAACGCUGGUGAAUAUGCAACACACACUUGUUUUAAUUCCUUACAUUAGAGACCUCUAGAUUCGAGGACGAAUUGAAAGAGAGUUUAAGCAAAGACGUUUCUGUACGAGGAACGUCAUUCGGAAGGGGACUUUAAUUGUUCCAGUAGAAAAAGGUUCUGCCUAAAUUUUCAUGGAAAUCGUCUCUAUAAGAGUAAAGACACUUAGCCAUAAAAAUUUGAUAGCGUCAAGGCAUAUUAAAAGGAAAAAAAGGGCCUUAUUUCCGGGUGACCUGAGUCGAUCAAUAACGCCUUUGCUUAAGCUCACAAACGUUUCUUUCGCGUAUACANCUCAAAUUAUAGACAAGGAAAGCUUCAUUGCACUUCUUUUUCACCCAAAAAAUUAGCACUGUUAUCUUUGCUGAAGGAGCUUGUGACAUCUCCCGGCCACAAAAAAUGAUAAAAACUCUAAAUUGUUUCCAUUACCACGACAAAACUCGUAGUAGAAUGACUACUGCAAUCAUGAUUUUACCGCCAAAAUGACGCUGGUUCAUGCGUGAGCAGUAUUUAGUAUUGAGAAAAUCUCGUACUCGUAGUCCUACUCGUCUCAGAAUCUAAAGGUCUCUAAAAACUAGCAUUCGAAACGGUGGCUGUUCAAUCUUUUUCACGACAGUAAACGGAUUUCAUCAUAGCAGGCACCCGCGAUGACACGCAAGGCGUGGCUAUCUUGCGAGAUUUCCCGAAAAUUGUGUACCGUAACGCUGGUGAAUAUGCAACACACACUUGUUUUAAUUCCUUACAUUAGAGACCUCUAGAUUCGAGGACGAAUUGAAAGAGAGUUUAAGCAAAGACGUUUCUGUACGAGGAACGUCAUUCGGAAGGGGACUUUAAUUGUUCCAGUAGAAAAAGGUUCUGCCUAAAUUUUCAUGGAAAUCGUCUCUAUAAGAGUAAAGACACUUAGCCAUAAAAAUUUGAUAGCGUCAAGGCAUAUUAAAAGGAAAAAAAGGGCCUUAUUUCCGGGUGACCUGAGUCGAUCAAUAACGCCUUUGCUUAAGCUCACAAACGUUUCUUUCGCGUAUACACAGCUCACCAUUAUCCUAAAGAAUCAUUUCGCAUCGAAGAAAAUGGUUAUCACCGAAAGAUACAGAUUCCUCAACCGUACACAACGCGAAGGCCAGAGUGUCACAGCGCUCGCUGCUAACCUAAAACAUCUGGCUUCAACUUGACAGUUCGGUAAUCACCUGAAUGAAGCUUUACGCGAUCGUUUCGUCUUUGGUCUUCGCAGAAAGGAGACACAAAACAAACUGCUAACUGAGGAACACACCUUCGAUGCAGCACUGAAAGUCGCCCGCCCUCAGCGCCGAAGCUGCCGAAAAAGAUGUUGCUGCAUUUUCGCUCGAUGCUUUAGCUUCUGUCAAAGCUAGAAAAACUAACUAUAUGAGAGAACGACUCAGUGAAGAACUGACAAUUUGACUAACAAUAGACGACUGUUUAACUGUGACAAUAGACGGAUCGAACGCACCAAUUACUGACUACGACUCUUCAUAGCCAAUAACAUCACGGCUUAACUGACAGACGACCAAUAACAUCGCGACGUAAUUGACCAAUCAGAUCAAUAACCAGAGUAUAAUUCCAUCAACUGACGUCCUUCAGAUAUUUCGCCGCAAAACAAUGGAACAGUAUUCCAAAUGAAUUGCGUUUAAGAGCUGGAGGUCUAGAAUUUAACAAACAAGUGAGGAACAUUCAAUUUUAGUUAUCUAAUUUUGUAAUUUUAGAUGCUAGAUAUUUUAUAUUUUUACAUUUCUAUGUACAUUUUUUUUUUCUUUCUUUCUUAAUAUUGAUUUGUGGAAAACCUGCAAAAUAGCUUUAGAUAAGUGUUUCUCCCACGUUAAAUAAAGAUUAUGUUAUGUUAUGUUAUGUGAUACAACUCACUUUGACUUUGAAGAUGACUACCGCACAGGUUGCCGAAACGUCACUCACUGUCAACAACAACAGUCCUAUUCAGGACUACGUUUACCCGGACGAUCAAACUCAACCUACUAUUUAAAAAUAAUAAUGAUAAUGAUGAAAUAUAAUAAAAAAAUUAAAAAGAUAUAUUUUAUGAUUAAUAAAAAAGGACAUAAGGAAAAAUAACAACAGCAAAGAAAAAAAAUUACAGUUUCGGCGGUACCGAAGCCCGAACGGAAGGUGUCGAAAGGGGAGGGGGAUAUAUAAUAGUCCCUGUUUAAAAUUAAUUAAAGCUAAUGUGAAAGAAAUAAAGUCGAAACAAGGAUGUGUGGUUUCCCCUGGGAAGGCUUUUUAAUUAUUAUUAUUAAUUUGUUGCUACACUAUACGGAACGGGAAUCAUGUCCAUUUGGCCGCAGCCUCUCGUGUAGUAUUAUUGUAAAGCUUUGUGUUAUUAACUGAAACUGAGUUAUCUAAAUUAUUUGAAAAUAUUUGUCUUUGUAAACUUUGCUCGGGUUUGCAUCAAACGAACUCAAGGUCUGCGUGGGUGGUACUCCCAUAUAUGGGCUAGACAGGCAAGUGUCACCCGAUAAUGUAUGGCUUUUGUUAGGGUUUCCACCCUUAAAUAGGGUAUAGGUUUUGCCCUUGUUGGGGCUGUAUUUGCAGUGUGAUCCUCAGUAGGAGAAAGCACCUUGGAGUAUUAUAGGGAAUGCUGGGAACGAAGGAAGUGCAUUUUGCUAGUUUACUAACUUCCCUCGAUGCAAUGCGUUCCCAACAAAGUUGUCCCAGAGGUGACCUGGAACUGGUCUGAUCAUAAUUAGCGCUAGAAAUGGAUUAUUGCCCAUUUAUGUCGACAGGAAGAGUCGACGGAUAUACUGUAGUACUGUAGUAGUAUACUGUAGUUUCUGAGGGGCGAUUCCUUUCAGUUUUAAUGAUUUUUCACUUCUACUCUUGUAUAAAAUGAUUCAGACCGUACUGCGCCGGUGGAUGUUACCAGAAUGGAUACAUGAAAGGUGGAAAGUUGACCUUUGUUCAGACUUCUACUUGUCCUAAUGGACCUCCCAAAGGUGGUGUAUGGUUUCCAGUCUCAGUCGCAGUUCACGGUCAAGACAUACAAGUGUACCUCAGUGGGGUCCUGGUGGCGUCGAUCAAGUCCCAUUUCGCUCCAAGGACCUGGGGAGGAGUUUUCACUUUUCAUGGUUACAAAAACGAGGUCCUCUUCAGGAAAUUCCGAAUUGCGCAUCAAACGUACAUCACUAAGAGAUGCGCAAAGGUAGUGUGAAACACCUAUGACACAAAAGCGGUACUUGACGCCAGUCAAUGACACAAUAAGAAAUUAGUAUCAUCAACGACUUUGUGUUACAAAGCCAUUCCAAAACCACUUGACGAGAAGUCUGCAAGUUCAUUAAAGAAGAAUCCCGAUUUCUCGAACCCUCGGUUUUUUGAAAUUUCGCGAUAAUUUGAACCAAAUUAAACCUAUAGAUAACUUCUCCUCACCAGUCAAAACCCGAUUUUUCGAAUCUCCUGAUAGUUCGGACUAAUUUCCUCUUCCCAAGGUGGUUCGAAAAAUAGGGAUUCCUCUACACAAAUAAACUUAAAAACGUGUUCUCCAAAAGUGGCAUGACCAGUUUGGCUUUUAUUAAAUGCUGACUCAUUUUGCUGCAUUUAAAGGCUCAUCAACAAGGCUGUAAAGAAGUCGGAUUCUUAAUUGCAAUCUCUAGUUUCAAUUUUUUAUUCUUUCGACUCGGGUAAUGUUUGAUAUCAGGUCGUAAGCACGUUUAAAAAUCACUCAAAUAGCUUUUAGUACACUCUAGUUGUUCUGCAAAGCUUCAAACAUAGCACACACCACGCUCGGAACGGUCUCCUUAAUUUAUGGGUUUAAUUUUACUUUUCCGACGAGUGUUCCUGCCUUCAUACGGGAGUUUACCAUCUUCCCCAAGAAGAGUGAUGAGGAGGAAUUUUCACACAUGAUUUUACUUCACGACAUACACGUAAUUUUUAAUGUACGACGCCGGUUGAUGAGCUACCUGGAUACACGAAAGUUGAUGCUGCCCACGGAUGUAGGCCGCAGGAUGGCUUCUGUCAAGUAGCUUACCUUAGAGACGGCAGUACAUCAAGUUACCAGCUCUCAGUCGAUAUGUACAACUUCAUUGGACGUGACGGAGUCAACUUUGGUCACCCAGGAGUGUUGUUAAACGCCGAAGAUCAAGACAACUAUGAUUACGUCUAUUUUAGGUUUGUUGCAAUUUAUACACGCGUAAGAGGGAAGUUGUCACUAUUUUGAUUUCAAACCGGAGCGACAAUCUGAAUUUUUCAAAACCUUCUUACGACCAGUUCCGUUUACGGAAAUGAUUUCGGAGUAUUAGAAAUUCUAUAUGAAGUUAUGCAAUAAGCUUUUUAGGUCUUAUAAUCGCAUUCGCUUAAUUUUAUGUAUUGUUUCUUUUUAUUUCCCAGGCCUCAUUCAUCCGGCGGAUGUUUUCAGACGGGUUACGUUUACAAAGGUCAAGCUAAAUUUGACGGAGCUAAGUCCGCCUCUUGCCCCAACGGUCCCCCCAAGGGAGCAGAAUGGUUCAACAUCAGGGUGGUUGUGUCGAACUCCACUCCUGCCGGGGAAGUGAAGGUCUACCUCAAAGGAACAUUUGUGACGUCAUUCAACCCGCACUAUCCAAUCAGAAAACGUGGUGGUGUCUUGCUUGCUAAUGGUUACAACAAUGGUUGAGGUCACACUAGAGAAAGUUUACUAUAGUAAACUCAAGUUUACCAUAGUAAACGGCACCGUAAGUGUGACCGGCAUUUUUCAGUUUACUAUGGUAAACUUUACCCUGGUUAAUUUCCAUGACUACCGCGGAAAGAACAAAGAUGACCCAUCACCGAUAACCAUCUGGUUACCAAAAAAAAUAGGUGGGUAUAUCUCUAGUCUAUCUAAACUUUGUUUCUCAUGAUUUUUGAGGAAAGUAGUUUCAAAAAGGGUCACAUAACAGAAUAGCUUUAGAACAUCGGUGAUUGUGUUUAUUCGCGUGGAUUCGCGUGCAGUACAGUGCGAUUGAACUUUGUCAAAGCAGCCGAACUGAAAGAAAUUAUUUCGACAGGGAAUUUAACAUAGCAGAGUUUUCCUCACUGGAAGGGGCAAGGUAAGGAAAAGUUUUUUUACUUUAAUUAAUUGCAGCAUUUCAGAUUGUUGUUUGUUACACUGCGAACCGACUAGGUAAAAAGGAGCUCAGCUUAUUGAAACAUUAUUUUUAUGUAGCCUCGAAAAUGAAAUAUAUAAAAGCGUGUCCAAAAAGUUGUAAUAUGCAACUGCGAAAUCAACGGGAUAUCUUGCCUGCUUAAAGGAUUUAGGUUAUAACAAUUACGCAAGUCGGUGAGGACAGAAAAAGCGCGCCAAAAUUUAGCAGCCAUGAAACACAACUGCUUAUGGAACAGGAUCAAACGGGUAAUAUAUGAAACAAAAUUCUAAAAGUAAUGCAAUGUAGUUCAGCGACGACCACUGAGAAACCUGAAAGUGACUGUAUGAAGACCUCUUUUGCUUUUCAUCUUUUUCAGACCUCCAGCUCCACGUGCUUUGAAUAGCUCGUUUCCUUUUAUUAUUCCGCCACCCGGUGAUUCACCGAUACAUCCACGGCCAGUAGGUCCAGUGCUGUUCGGUAUGCGUCAAGAUGCUGCACAACGGUGUUUUUCCUACCGAGAAAUGCUUGGUGGGCCAUGUAACGUCUCCAGUCAGCCAUCAACGUUUACCCCGACCGAAGAUUUGUCCAUGCAAACAGCCUCGUCAUGCCAAGCCUCCACAAAACAAGGGAACCGAACUCGCUGGAGUGAUGGCGAAGUAAAAAUUCUGAUCACAGUUUACAGCCAAGAGUACGAGCAACGACAUCGGGGGAAAAGCCUUGAUGCAAUGUGGGACAGGAUUGCAGAAAGGGUGAACAGCGAGAGUGUAGAAAUUAAUGCCUUUUCUGGAGAGAAAACAGCAAAAAACUGCCGUGACAAGAUGAACAACCUUAAUAAAAAAUAUAAAAAUGUCAAAGACAAAAGCAAGUCCACUGGUGAAGGAAGCGACGAAAUAAAAAGCUUUCCCGAGUUCACAGAUUUAGACGAGCUGUGGGGAACUCGCGACACGGUAACGAACAAGUACGUGGUAGAGGCAGGCUCUAAUGAUCAACCCAUCGAUGAAACCAGCACAGAAGGAAGUGACCAUGAUCAAAGUGAAGAGGAAGACCUUAGUUUGACGCGCCCCUAUCCUCCAGCCUCCGUCGAAAGCGUAAACAGCCACUGAAAGAGGCUCAAACAGCCCCUCCAUUAACACCUGUUAACAAAAGAAAGCGCAAAACGAUGUCCAACGAGGCAUCAUCAUCAGCUUCAUCGUCGAGCACACCAUCACCACCACCACAAGCAGCACAAAAGGAAAGAAAGGUAAAAAAAGCAAAGAACGCAAGGCAGUGGCUGAUGAGGAUGAAGAUGCAUUCAGAGAGUUUUUAAAGGUGCAGACAGAAUAUACCAAACGGAGGGAGGAAGAAAGAGCAGAGCUUUUUUCCUAUCUGAAAAAGUCCGAUGAGCAGACACACCAGUUAAUGAUAAGCGCAAUUAGAGAGCUAGGAGAGGCCCUUAAGGGAGGAAAUUCCUCUAAAAAUCCAUAGUAAUUCAACUUAUUUCGUUCUGUUUCAUUUCAAUUGUACAGCUAGUUCACUCAUGGAAAUAGCAUAUUUUUUUCUAUAUAUUUCUAUAUAUUCUUAGGUGCUUUUUUUCAUAACCUACAACUAAGAUAGAAUUUCCUGGUCGACUUUUCGAAGCUAUAUGCGCCAGGUUUAUUAAUUAUAACCGUACAUGUCAAAUAAGUAUUAAAACUCCCUUACUCUAACUUGAUGUUGUGUCUAGUUGUUGGCUAAAAAGUCGGUCAAGGCUUGGCGAACAAGUCGACCUUGUGCAUUAGCGUUAAGCCCAGGGGGAAGGGGAGCACUACCACCAUCACCAUCAUCGUCGUCAUCAUCGUCGUCUGAUUCAUCAUUCUCUAAUGCGUCCCCUCUAAGUAAACAGAUGUUAUGUAAGAUACAGCAGGCUAGGAUAGUUAAGGGUACUUUUCCUGUACCUUCCUCGAGUACCUUCAACAAACAUCUCCACCUGCACUUUAGUUUGCCAAAUGCUCGUUCUACCACCACCCUGCUUUUAUUCAUGGCCUUGUUAAAUCUCGCUUGAUCUCGUGUUAGGGUGGCGGAUUGCGGAUAGGGGCCAAUGAGCCAAGAUAACAAUGGGUAAGCUGAAUCGCCAAGUAGAAGGGGUCUUACAGCAAUUCCUUCAAUAGACUUUUCUGGCUCGGAUAAGAUUUCGCCAUUCGUUGCCUUUCUGUACAAUGAGCUUAAUCUCAGUAACCUGGCAUCAUGCAUACUGCCUGGCCAACCAGUGCUGACGUCAAUGAACAUACCCGUUCCAUCAACAGUUCCUUGUAGAUUUAAGGAGUAGUUUUGUUUUCGAUUAAAAUAAUCCUCGUGGCAAGUUUUGGGGGCUUUGAUUUGUACAUGGGAGCCGUCUAUAGCACCAAUAACGUUUGGCAAGCCAGCAAUACUUUUCAUUCUUCUGAUUGCUAAAGUUACAUCUUCUUCAUCGACUGGAAAUUUGAUAAACACAUCUUUCCUUCGAAUAAUCGCACGUGUAAACUCGUUGCAUAUUUUAAUAACUGUCGAUUUUCCUAGCCCAAAAGUAAUCCCAGUUGUUCGGUAAGAGUUUCCUGAGCCAAGUCGCCACAGCGCAACUGCGACUCUCUUGUAUACAGGUACGGCUUUUCUCAGUCUAGUACCUUCUUUCUGCAAGUCUCCUUCAAUCAGCUGGCAAAUAUAGUCAAAUGUAUCUCUGGUCACCCUGAAAUGCUUUUUCCACAGUGCUUCAAGGUUUCUGUUUCUGUACAUUUCUUCAAACCAUUCUUGGGGUCGGGGGUAAACCCACGCUUUCCUUCGCAAUGCCGCUCUUUCUCUAAGAGUACGUCUUCGAUGGGUAAUCAAUGAACCUGUCGAUCACUUAAACAUCUUCACUGACUUCGUAUUCGAAACCAAGGUAGGUAAUAAGGGAGCGCAUUCUUCUUGCUCGUCUGAGCAGCAGAAUUAAAAGCAAAAUGCUCACAACAGAAAACAAUACUCUCUCAAAUUGAACCNGGGAGCGCAUUCUUCUUGCUCGUCUGAGCAGCAGAAUUAAAAGCAAAAUGCUCACAACAGAAAACAAUACUCUCUCAAAUUGAACCAUCUUUGUACACUUGUGAGGGUCACGCUCAAGAAGUUACAGUUCAGUAAUUUCAAUUUAGUCAGCUGUCAUAGCAUGUCAUCAUUUGUUUUACUUAUCACUCUCACGUUACCGAUCACGCGAGAAAAAACGCCUGGAAAGUUUCAAAUGCCUUUUUAAUUGGACCUGUUAGGUUUACUACGGUAAAAAAGACGUUACGAGACUUACCAUAGUAAAGCCCUUUUUACCAUAGUAAAGUCUCUAGUGUGACCUCAACCAAUGUGGUGUAUUACAAGAACUUUAAGUUUUUAUAA